UACUGCGGUAUUUGUGGCUACUGUAGACAGAGAAUCAGAAUCUCAUCCAUUAGUCCAAUGGGAUCCACCGCAAAUCCUCCGUCUGCGAUUCACAACGUCUUCGUGUACGGCAGCCUCCUAGCUGACGACGUCGUUCAAGUCCUCUUGAAUCGCAUCCCUGCCUCUUCCCCUGCCACUCUUCCCAACUACCAUAGAUUUAGCAUCCGAGGACGUGUUUACCCUGCAAUUUUACCCAUUGAAAAUAACAAAGUUACUGGGAAGGUACUCUUAGGCAUCACUCCUCUGGAGCUACAUAUUCUGGAUGAAUUUGAGGAUGCUGAGUAUGAAAGGAGGACUGUCGAUGUGUUCUUAAUGGAUAGUUCUGAGAAGUUGCAGGCCCACACUUAUGUUUGGGAGAACAAGACCGAUCCAAACUUAUAUGGCGAGUGGAAUUUUGAGAUAUGGAAACAAUUGCACAAGGACGACUUUUUGAAGAUGACGAAAGGUUUUGUGGAAGAACUGGGGCUUCCGGAUUCAAAGAGGCGAGUCGAGACCUAUGAAUCCUUCUAUCCACAGACAGAGAAUAAUCCUUCCAAUCCUUAAUGGUGUGUUUUCAAUUUAUUCUAUUGAGAAUUGUUUCUUGAUAAGAUUUAUAAUGUCUGCUGCAAAACAUAUGCCCAGAUAAGAUAAUUGUCUUUAAAACAUAGUUGAGCAGAGUAUGCGUAGUGCAUGCAACCAAUAAUGCAUAAUGAUUCAUUCUCAGUUGUGUAAUCCUGAUCCCAUUUUGUGUACAUUUUAAGAUUUAGUUAUUGAAUAAAUCUUUAAAAUGUAACUUAUAUUACAAUUUGAUAUUUGCCUCUUUGUAAAGCCAUUUUAACUAUGCCACUUGUAGUUAUAGUGAUGGAGAUGGAGAUCGAAUAAAGAUAGGAUUUAGAUA